CCCCCCCCGACUUCUCGAGGCAACGCAACUCAGUUGCUGCAAGGCCGAUCCCCUGUUCUCUACGACCCUUCCUCUGCGAAAACGAUGCACAACGGGAGUUCGGCGCAGCCAUGACCAACGCGCGCCUCCAGUCGACUGCCGCACGACUCGCGUCUUCAGCGCAGCAGCGUGGGCUCGGGGGCUGCCCGCGGUCGAGCAGGUAGGAAAAAAAAAAAAAAAAAAAAGAAUCGAUGGCUCGGACGACCAUGUCGGCCGCGUCGCUCCUCUUCCUCAUUGUAUACAACUUCCUCUACUACUUCCUCUACCUGGUUCUCUUCGCCUUCCUCGUCGUCACCCCUAUCGACCUGAUCCAGCAGGGCGCCACACGACGCCGCAAGUGGGACAUCCUCGCCGUCCUCGUGUGCUACAUCGCGACCAUCGUGGUCGUCGCCUUCAUCUACGCCACCCGCCUCUACAUCAGCCGCUCCGUGAUCGCAUCCAUUCCCAAGGCAUGGAUCCCCAUCGAGAAGGGCGACGUCCCUCCCGACGUGCGCCAGAUGAUCGUCGAAGGCCUGGGCAGGAGCGCCGCCAUCGCGUAUGAUGCCAGGCCGCGAGCACCGCCUGUGGUGUCCGGUCGUGAGCCCGCGUCUGGCGGCAGAGCGAAUGGGCAGGGAAGGUUGUCUGGAUCUGCCGGUUCGAGCGCGGCGGCAUCCGACAGGGCGGCCAAGGCCGCCGAGCUCUGGCAGCAGCACAAGCCCGUAUGGGGCGAGAUCGAACAUCCAGGCUGGGCGUCGCCGACGUCGCACGACCUGCCCAACCUGCAGUACGACACCGUCGUCACGGAACUGCCGAACCUGAUCGAGGCGAAAGCCAUCACCCUCGCCCCUCCGGACCCGGACUCCCGGAGGGAGCCGCCCACGCUGGACCCGGACGCCGUCGCUCUCCUCCAGAGGCCCGGCUCCAUGGGGCUGCGGGAGUAUCUGGCCUACCUCACCGAGUUGGCCGUCCUCGCGCCGCUGCCCACGACUACCGAGUUCCUCGCCAGGUACGAGGCCGCGCGCUACUCCGGCCGGCCGCUGUCCAACGAGCAGUUUCGCAGCCUGAUGCACCUCUUUGCCGGGAUAUUACACAAUAUGCACCCCCUCAGCCCCGCCGCGCUCGCUAGAUACGAGGACGACGGGGACGAUGGGUCGUCCGGCUUGGCAGGGCCGUCGGAAAGCGACAUCGACAACGACGCGCCGCGGGGCACCAGCCCGUCGAGCGCGGGCACGGCGGUGGGGCUGGGCUUGCAGCGGCAGCAGCAGCAGCCCCGCCACCACCCCAGCAACGACAGCGACAGCCUGGCUCGCACGAGCAGCGCGAGCACGACCGGAUCGGGCCGGCGGCGACUCGUCCGGCCGGGCCGCGGAGCGCGCACCCCCUCGGCCCACACCUGGCAAUUCCGGACCGCGCCGACGACGCCCCAGAGCCGGCAGAGCGGCUUCUCGGGCGCGCCCAGCCCGGAGAGCUUCGCGCACACCAGACGGCCGUACCCGGACAGGCAGUGGUCGAGCUCGAGCUCCAGCGCCAGCGCCAGGUCGGUGGGCGGCGGGUCGGUCAUUCGCCUGGCGGGGAGCGAGGACGCGACGGAUCUUCCCUAUGUCAUAACAUAUUCGCCGAACCGGUGAAUGAUAGACAUCCCCUGCUAGCCACCAGUAUAACGCGAGUUGGCAC